AAUCACGGCGUACGAUAGAGGUUUGAAGUUGAACCUUUCUUCGUUAAAAAUCCAACACAUUCCAAUAAACCUUCCAUCCAUUCAUCUAUUCUUCCCCCUUGCUGCAUGCAUUGCAAUUUACAACUAUUUGUAAUAUUUCAGAUUUUCAUAAUACAUAUAUAUAUAACCCUAAUACCAUCCAUCGCUGCUCUUUCCCUCUAUUUACAUAUAUGGAGGACUACUUGAGAAAGAACUUUGCCGUUGAACCCAAAAGGCCAUCCGAAGAAGCUCUAAGGAGAUGGAGGUCUGCUGUCGCUCUCGUCAAGAACCGCAGUCGUAGGUUUCGUAUGGUUGCUGAUCUUGCUAAGCGUGCUGAAGCUGAUCGCAGGCGUAAAAUUAUCCAGGAAAAAAUUAGGGUAGCUCUUUAUGUGCAAAAAGCGGCAUUGAAUUUCAUUGAUGCUGGCAAGCAAGCUGAAAGCAAGCUUCCAGAAGAUGUUAGGAAAGCUGGUUUUCACAUUGGAGCGGAUGAGCUAGCAUCCAUUGUUCGGUCCCAUGACAUGAGUAGCUUUGAAGAACAUGGAGGAGUAGAAGGCUUAGCCAAAAAAGUCUCUGUUUCACUGACCAACGGCGUUGUUCCAACUGAUAUCUCAUUCAGGCAAAAUAUAUAUGGCAACAACAAAUUUGAUGAAAAACCUGCUAGAUCCUUUUGGAUGUUUGUGUGGGAAGCGCUGCAUGACCUGACUUUGAUUAUUCUCAUAGUAUGUGCUGUUGUUUCUAUAGGUGUUGGAGUUGCUACUGAAGGGUGGCCUGGUGGCCUGUAUGAUGGGCUAGGAAUAGUACUUUGCAUUUUCCUGGUUGUAUUUGUUACUGCCAUUAGUGAUUACAAGCAGUCCUUGCAAUUCAAAGACUUGGAUAAAGAAAAGAAAAAUAUACUUGUUCAGGUCACCAGAGAAGGGUGCAGGCAGAAGAUUUCUAUCUAUGAUCUGGUGGUUGGGGAUAUUGUUCAUCUAUCAAUUGGAGAUCAAGUUCCAGCAGACGGUGUUCUAAUAUCUGGUUACAGCUUAUCGAUCGAUGAAUCAAGCUUGUCUGGGGAGAGUGAGCCUGUAAAAGUAACUCAGGAGAGACCUUUUCUUCUCUCAGGGACAAAAGUCCAGGAUGGCUCUGGGAAAAUGUUAGUGACAACAGUUGGUAUGAGGACUGAAUGGGGAAGACUGAUGGUUACUCUAAGCGAAGGUGGAGUAGAUGAAACACCUCUACAGGUGAAGCUCAACGGAGUUGCUACGGUUAUUGGAAAGAUUGGUUUGGUAUUUGCUGUUUUGACAUUUUUGGUUCUCACCAUAAGGUUUAUGGUGACAAAGGCACAGCUCGGGGAGAUUGAAAAGUGGGGUAUGAGCGACGUUCUGGUUCUCUUGAAUUUCUUUGCCGUUGCAGUGACCAUAAUUGUAGUUGCAGUUCCAGAAGGAUUACCACUGGCAGUAACAUUAAGUCUUGCAUUUGCAAUGAAGAAGUUAAUGAGUGAUAAAGCUCUUGUAAGACAUCUCUCAGCAUGUGAGACAAUGGGUUCAGCCACUUGCAUUUGUACUGACAAAACAGGGACACUCACUACUAAUCAUAUGGUUGUUGACAAAAUUUGGACUUGUGGGCGAACCAUAAGUAUUGCAGGAGAUAACAAGAGGGAGGAUGUUUUGCGGUCCUCAAUUGCUGGAGAAGUAUUGGACCUACUUUUGCAGUCCAUAUUUCAAAAUACAGGAGCUGAAGUAGUCAAGGGAAAAGAUGGCAAGAACAACAUUUUGGGUUCUCCAACAGAGACAGCAAUAUUAGAGUUUGGUUUGCUGUUGGGAGGUGAAUUCAAAAAGUAUAGGAAGGAAUCUACAAUUCUGAAAGUUGAGCCUUUCAAUUCAGAGAAGAAAAGGAUGUCCGUCCUUGUCUCCCUUUCUAAUGGUGGUGAGAAUAGAGCAUUUUGCAAAGGUGCAUCAGAAAUCAUUUUAGAAUCUUGCAACAAGGUAAUCAAUGUUGAUGGGAAGGCUGAACAUCUAUCCAAAGAGCAGAAGAAGUACAUCACUGAUGUAAUUAAUGGCUUUGCCUGUGAGGCUCUAAGAACUCUAUGCUUGGCUUUCAAGGAUGUAAAAGACACUUCAGAUGUACAUAGCGAUAGCAUCCCUCAAGAAAACUAUACGUUGAUAGCUGUGAUUGGAAUUAAGGAUCCUGUACGUCCUGGGGUAAGGCAAGCAGUGGAAACUUGUUUAUCUGCUGGAAUUAAAGUGCGGAUAGUUACUGGAGACAACAUUAAUACUGCUAAAGCUAUAGCAAGAGAGUGUGGAAUUUUGACAGAAAACGGUUUGGCAAUUGAAGGGCCAGAAUUUCGUGACAUGAGCCCACGGCAGAUGGAGGAGACCAUACCAAAACUUCAGGUUCUGGCCCGAUCAUUGCCCUUGGACAAGCACAAACUUGUAACCUACUUGAGGAAGGAGUUUAAAGAAGUGGUGGCCGUGACUGGUGAUGGGACAAACGAUGCACCAGCUUUGCAUGAGGCUGACAUUGGACUUGCUAUGGGAAUAGCUGGUACAGAGGUUGCAAAAGAAAAUGCCGAUGUUAUCAUAAUGGAUGACAACUUCGCGACUAUACAGAAUGUAGCCAGAUGGGGCCGUGCAGUUUAUAUCAAUAUCCAAAAGUUUGUACAGUUCCAGCUAACAGUUAACAUUGUGGCUCUCAUGCUCAAUUUUGUUUCUGCUUGCAUCUCAGGUUCUGCCCCUCUGACGGCUGUUCAGCUACUUUGGGUGAACAUGAUCAUGGACACUCUCGGUGCAUUGGCAUUGGCCACAGAACCUCCUCAUGAAGGCCUAAUGAAAAGACCCCCUAUUGGAAGGGAUGUAGCCUUCAUCACCAGGGUCAUGUGGAGGAAUAUAAUUGGUCAGACAAUUUAUCAAUUGAUUGUACUUGCAAUUCUCAAAUUUGAUGGGGAACGGCUUUUGAAGAUUUCUGGUUCAAAUGCUACUGCUAUUUUAAAUACACUCAUCUUCAAUUCAUUUGUGUUUUGCCAGGUGUUCAAUGAAAUCAAUAGCAGGGAUAUGGAGAAGAUAAAUGUUUUCCGAGGCUUCUUCGAUAGCUGGCUAUUCAUUAUGGUGAUGGUCUGUACAGUGGGUUUCCAAAGCAUAAUAGUGGAACUAUUGGGUACAGUUGCAGAUACUGUGCCACUGAGCUGGGAGUUAUGGCUGACCAGCAUUUUACUUGGAGCAGGAAGCCUCAUUGUUGCUGUUAUCCUCAAAUGCAUACCCGUUGAGAACUGCAAAGAAGCUUCCACAACCAAGCACCAUGAUGGCUACGAACCGCUCCCGACUGGCCCAGAUAUGGCUUGAACGAUCCACUUCCAUGUUACAGUUGAAACAAUGGUAGUAAUAGGUCGGCCUAGAAAAGGCUUUUAUUGAAGUAGCUAGGAACUAUUCUGAUGAAUUUAAUUUAUUUUUUGGAUAAGUAAUCAAAUUUAUUUACCCAUAGAAGCAAACUUUUGCUACAACCAAACUUUGUAUAGAUCACUGUCACAUAUAACUACCUUGCUAUGAUGUCUCUGAUAUAUAGAUGCCAGAAUCUCCUGAACAGCCAAAAA